AUGCACAUAUACGACGAGAAGAAUCAUCGCCCGCUAGAUGCAUCGGGCUUCAACAUCCCUCAGUGGGGCGGGGUGGUGUUGAUGAACAAUCAGGUCCUUCCAGGAUUCUAUGCGCUCACAGAAAACCAGGUCUUCUCCACGUUCCGCACCCAGCUCCUCAUCCUACUGGGUGUCCCCGCGCUUCCAUUGAAUGUGGACGCACUCCUUAGGAAGAGGUCGCGAGAGAAUGCAGAGGGCAGCAUCCAAACACUCACAAGCAUCGCCAAACCCAUUGAUCAGCUUGACAAUAUGCCGGUUGGUCGAGACGUGCGGGACGACGUGCUUCAGUCCCUGGAGGAACUGAGUCUGUACAUACCUCCCUUAUUCCUUCGUAUACAGAGUAGUUAUGUCGGAAAUGUCUCUGAGCGUUCUGCGAACGCACGUCGAGCUCUGGAAUAUUCUUCUCGGGCAUUCUUCAACCUAGGAAUGGUUGCACAACUCUACUUCUCCGCAGAGCACAAGUAUGCGAUCUACAUGCUUUUCGCCCCUGCGUCGAUGUCGUUCAUCGUAAUGGAACUGAAGCUGGUAAAGGGUUGGAUCAAGGAGAGAAGAGAGAAGAAGAUGAAAUGA